UGACGUCACAGUUCUAUACAAGGACUUCGCGGGCGUCCACGUUGUGGAACGUGCGCGCAGCUGAUCUUUCUUUAUUUGCCAGGAAAAGAUGGCAGCGUCCGUGUGCCGAGUCGGGAGCACGGUGGGUCGAGCCCUAACCAAAGCACGUAGCCCCAUCCUGCUGUCUCUACGGCGUGGCCAGGCGACAGUGACCUACGCCCAGAGCCUUCUAGGAGCUCCGGAGACCUGUCUCACUACCCUGGACAAUGGCCUGAGGAUCGCAUCCGAGGAGACUGGACACGGCACAUGCACUGUUGGGUUGUGGAUCAGCUGUGGAAGUCGCUACGAGACUGAGAAGAACAAUGGAGCUGGGUUCUUCCUGGAGCAUAUGGCUUUCAAGGGGACAAAGAAGCACCCCCAGAUGGCCCUGGAGCAUCAGGUGGAGUCCAUGGGUGCUCACCUGAGUGCAUACACUUCCCGGGAGCACACUGCCUACUACAUGAAGACCCUGGCCAAGGACCUGCCCAAAGCGGUGGCGCUGUUAUCCGAGGUGCUGCAGAGCAAUGUCCUGAGCGAGGCUGACAUUGAGCAGCAGAGGAGUGUAGUACUGAAAGAGCUGGAGGAGGUGGAGGGCAGUCUGCAGGACGUGUGUCUGGACCUGCUGCACGCUACAGCUUUCCAGGGCACCCCCUUAGGACACAGUGUUCUGGGGCCAUCCCAAAACGCCAGGACUUUGAGUCGACAGGAUCUGGUAGAUUUCAUCAGCAGCCACUACAAGGCCCCCCGCAUGGUGCUGGCAGCUGCCGGAGGUGUGACUCACGAGGAGCUGGUUGGGUUGGCCAAGCAGCACUUCAGUGGCGUUUCCUUUGAGUACGAGGAUGAUGCUGUGCCUGUUCUGUCCCCUUGCCGCUUCUCUGGCAGCGAGAUCCGCAUGCGUGAUGACGAUAUGCCCCUGGCACACAUUGCCAUUGCUGUGGAGGGUGCCAGUGCCGCCAGCCCAGACAUUGUGCCUCUCAUGGUGGCCAACUCCAUCAUUGGCAGCUAUGACAUCACUUUCGGUGGUGGAAAGCACCUGAGCAGCCGCCUGGCUCGUCUAGCCUCAGAGGAGAGUCUGUGCCACAGCUUCCAGGCCUUCCACUCCUCUUACAGCGACACUGGUCUGCUGGGCAUCUACUUUGUCACCGACAAACACCACAUCGACGACAUGAUGCACUGGUCACAGAACGCAUGGAUGAACUUGUGCACCACAGUGACAGAGAGUGACAUUGCCAGAGCCAAGAAUGCCCUCAAGGCCAGCCUGGUGGGACAGCUCAACGGAACGACACCGAUAUGUGAUGACAUCGGCAGACAUGUCCUGAACUACGGCCGCCGUAUCCCUCUGGCCGAGUGGGACGCCCGCAUCAACGCUGUGACGCCCAAGAUGGUGCGUGACAUCUGCUCCAAAUACAUCUAUGACAAGUGUCCCGCCGUGUCUGCUGUUGGCCCCAUUGAGCAGCUGCCUGACUACAACAGGAUGCGCAGUGCCAUGUACUGGCUCCGCUUCUAAGAUCCCCCAUAGUGUUGCUAUGCUCCUCCACUCCCAUACUCCCAUCACUGCAAGAGUAAAGAACCGAGGACUGCCUCAGCUCAUUAGCACAGACCGGUAUGGACUCCAGGCCUUCUCUCCAUCUCCUCUCACUACGUCAGUUCUAAUUGGUUAUGAGGGAGAGAACCAUGGUGUUGAGGGUGUGCAUAAGUUGUGUUCCAUUUCCUUGUAUUUGUCAUGGAUGAUCUUGAAAGAUUGUAAUACAGAAGAUUUAUUAUCACUGAGCCUUUUCAGGCACCUGGUACUGUUCUGGGGACACCUGAACACAUCCAGUGAUGCAUAUACUUUACAAUCAUAGCACUGUACAACCAGUUGUGGAAAAGUAUUUAUGAAUUGAGGCAAUGUUUUGUUUCUGUCCUAUUGUACAUAAACUCAUUCUGACAUUCAAGUAAAACAUUGUAAAACAUGUGA